CUCCCUCCCCCUCUCCCCUCCCCCCUCCGCGUCCCUGAAAUCAACCCCCCGUCGCCCUAUCCGCGGCACGGCCACGCUCGCUUGCCUGCCUGCCUGCUUCCCCCCCCAAUCCCUCUCUUCCUCUCCUCGCAGAGGGAAGAAGAAGAAGAAGAAGCCCGAUUGGCCACCCCUCUCCCCGAAUGGGAGGCUGGUCGAUCCCGCGCCAAUAAGCAGCGCCUCGGCGGGCGGGUGGGUGGCCGGGGGGGAUUGGUUCGCUCGCCCCGCUCCUUCCUUCGAUCCAGCCGAUCGAUCCCAGUCGAAUCCAAUCCAAUCCAAUCCAAUAAAUUUAUCCUACUCCUCCUCGCCGGCCGCCGUCCGCCGUCUUCGCUUCGCUCGGACCCCCCACCCGGUUGGUUGGAUUUUAGAAAGUUUCCCCCGUUCGUUCCUUCCUUCUGUUUCGAUUUGGGAUCUUCAGUUCAUCGGCUGCCCGGCGGUUUCUUCUUCAGCCCCAUUUGAUUUCACUUAGGUCCAUUCAGUACUCAGCAUAUCCGUUUGCCUUCAAUCGAGCAAGAAUAUAUACGCAGCCGCCGGCUCGUGCGAGAGAUGGAACACGCGAUGCCCACGAUGGCCGCGGAGUCCGACGGCGCCACCACCGACGACGACGUGCACCUCUCCCCGACCAGCGUCAGCAGCGGUGGUGGAGGAGGAGGAGGCGGCCCCCCCAGCGUCCGCUUCAAGAUACUCUGCAGCUUCGGCGGCCGCAUCAUGCCCCGCCCGUCCGACGGCGCGCUCAAGUACAUUGGCGGCGACACCCGCGUCCUCGCCGUGCCCCGCUCCAUCCGCUUCCGCGAUUUGAAGAAGAAGGUGGAGGAGAUGUUCAAGACGGAUGUGGCGGCCAUCAAGUACCAGCUGCUCUCCUCCGACGACCUCGACGUGCUCGUCUCCGUCACCUGCGACGAGGACCUGGCCCACAUGCUCGACGAGUACGACCGGUUCGAGGCGAAGCGGUCGCCGUCCGCGUCGCCCCGUUUCCGCGUCUACGUCUUCGUGCCGCACCAGGUCUCCGCCUCGUCGGUCGCCGCCGCCGUCCCCGCCCCCGUCGCCUCUUCGCGCCACGUCAGCUACGCCCGCAACCAGCCGCACUACCAUCCCCACCACCACCACCUCCAGCCGGAGCGGGAGCGCUACGUGGCCUCGGUGCCCGGCACGCCCGACGGAAGCCCGCCGUACCCGGACCAGCCCAACGGCGUCGCCUCGGCGGGGAACUCCCCGCGCGCCAACAUCGUGGAGCAGGCCGUGUUCCGCGGCGGGAUGCAGCGCGUCCGGAGCUCGCCCAACCUCGGCGGCCUGAACGCGGCACCGCUACCCUUCCAUGACCACGCCGGGGACAGCCCCGGAGGCCUGGCUGGAUACAUGAGCGGCUCGCCCGUGCACCCGGGCGGCGGCCACAUGUUCUCGCAGGGCAGCUACAACCCCUACCGCAGCCCGCAGCCGCAGUACUCUCCAGCGCCCGUGCCCGUGCCGCACCACGCCGGCGUGGCCGGGAGGUACGACGCGCGUGGCGGUUACGCGCGGGGCGGCAGCUACAUGGCGGCGCCGCUGGCGCCAGCGCUCCGGUCUGGCCGGCCGGUCACCAGGAGCGGCGGGGCGCCGUACAGCGAGAUGCAGGCGCCGAAGAAGACGGCGACGAUAUGGGACUGAGGUGGUUCUGCAGCGGUCGUUUCGGGUCGGGCGUUGGGAGUUGGAGGCAGUAACUUGCGACUUGCUUGAGAUGUAAAUACAUGGAUACUUCCAUGCGGCCUUGUUAGCAGGCUGUUUUGUGGUUGAAAUGUUAUCCAGGCCGAGAAUUAACAAGUUUUCUUCACAUAUCA